AUGCGCGAUUUCCAAGAUAGCAGUAUUAUUGCUAUUGCUAAUUCAUGUAAAAAUCUACAAAAAUUAGAGAUGACUGCAUGCGUUAAUAUUACUGAAGCAGCUCUCAUGCCUAUAAUCAGCUUGGAAAAAUUAGAAGAAAUAAAUGUCAGCUACAUGGAUGGUGUUACAGACAAUUUUAUUAGUAAAUUGAAAGGAUUAAAGAAACUUGGGUGUGAAUAUUGUAAAAACAUCACCGAUGCUAGUAUAAUCGAACUAAUAAAAAAUUGUCCAAAUCUCGAUACUCUUUGUCUCUACGGCUGUAACAUUACAAUUGAAACAUUUACUGGCGCUGAUGAAAUAACCAAAAAUCGUAUAAAUAAUAUUGCUUUGUGUAUAUCCUAUGAAGAUUUUGCAGAAGCUUCAACGCUAAAAAUUGAAUCUAACUGGUUAUUUACUUGUCCCGAAGUUAGAGAAAAUGUCAAAUAA